AUGAUCGAGAAGAAGCUGACCGCCGCCACCGCCGCGCUCGCCCUGGCCGGGGCGGUGGCCGCCACCGGCCUGGCGCUGCCCCCCGGCGCCGAAGCGGCCGAGACCAAGUGCUACGGCGUCGCCAAGGCCGGCGAGAACGACUGCGCCAACACGGCCGGCACCCAUUCCUGCGCCGGACAAUCCAGCGUCGACUAUCACGGCGGCGACUGGAAGGCCGUGGAGUCCGCCGAGGACUGCAUGGAGAUGGGCGGCCAGACCGAGCCCUUCGAGGGCGUCAACGAGAAGAAGGUCGACCGCGCGGGGGAGACCGCGAUCAUGACCGUCUGCGCGCCCACAGACCCGACGGUGCCGCCCGGCACCCGCGACGCGACGCGGGGCCCGGCCGCCGUUCCCGCCGCCGUUCCCACCGCCGUUCCCACCGCCGCGGGGAUCGGCCUGCGCCCGUCCCACCUGCCGGACUUUCUGCACGGCGCGCCGGAGGUGGCCUGGCUGGAGGUUCACGCGGAAAACUACCUGGCGGCCGGCGGACCGCGCCGCCGGGCGCUGGAGCGCCUGCGCGCCGACUACCCGUUGUCCUGCCACGGCGUCGGCCUCUCGCUCGGCUCGGCGGAGGGGCUGAGCACGGCGCAUCUGACCCGCCUGGCCGCGCUCUACGACGCGCUCGAGCCCGGGCUGAUCUCCGAGCAUGUCGCCUGGUCGGUCAGCCAGGGCAGCUAUCUCAACGACCUGCUGCCCCUGCCCUACACCGAGGAGGCGCUGGCCGUGCUCUGCCGCAACAUCGCGCAGGCGCAGGAGGUCUUCGGCCGCCGCAUCCUGAUCGAGAACCCUUCGAGCUACCUGCAGUUCGACGCGGCCGAGAUGGACGAGCCCGCGUUCCUCGCCGAGGCCGUGCGGCGCAGCGGCUGCGGCCUGCUGCUCGACGUCAACAACGUCGUGGUCAGCGCCGCCAACCACGGCUUCCACCCGCUGGCCUACCUGGAGGCCCUCCCGCACGCCGCGGUCGGUGAGAUCCACGUGGCCGGCCAUGCCGCGAUCGAGAUCGAGGGGCACCGCCUGCUGAUCGACGACCACGGCAGCCGCGUGCCGGCCGCCGUGUGGGAGCUGCUGCGGGCCGCCCUGGCGCGCUGCGGCCCGGUGCCGGUCCUGGUCGAGUGGGACAGGGCGCUGCCCGCGCUGGACGUCCUGCUGGCCGAGGCGGCCAAGGCGCAGACGGCCCUGGACUCCCUCGCCGCGGCACCGCCGCUGAGCGGAGCCGUGCUGGGCGGCGAGCCCGACCCCGCCCUGGCGCACAUCGCGCCCCGCGGCCUGCCGGCGGCGCUGCGCCUGUCGGUCUACCGCAACAACGUGCUGGGCUCCCUGACCGAGGUGCUGGCCGCCGCCUAUCCGGCCCUGGAGCGGCUGCUGGGCGCGCACAACUUCGGCCUGCUGGCGCGCGCCUUCGUCGCCGCCCAGCCGCCGCGCCGCCCCCAGCUCUCGUGCUACGGCGCGGCCUUGGCGGACUUCCUGGCCGACUUCCCGCACACCGCCGGCUAUCCCUUCCUGCCCGACCUGGCGCGGCUGGAGUGGGCGCGCAACGCGGCGCUCUUCGCCGCCGACGCGCCGGUCCUGACCGGCGCCGUCCUGCAGGGCCUGCCCGCGGCGCGCCUCGCCGCGCUCAGACUGCCCUGGCAUCCGGCCACCCGGCUGAUCGAAAGCGCCUACGCCAUCGACCGGCUCUGGCGCGCGCCGGCGCUGCGCCGCGGCGUCGCCGCCGGCGCGCAGUCCGUGCUGGUCACCCGCAGCGCCACGG